AUGCAGUCGGAAUCGGGGCUCGUGCCCGACUUUGAAGUCGGAGAGGAAUUUCACGAGGAGCCUAAAACGUAUUACGAGCUGAAGAGCCAGCCGCUGAAAAGCAGCAAUCCAUCUGAGCAGCAGCAUGGCUCCUCUAAGCCCCCGCUGGGUUCGUCGGCUGUGACCUCUCGUAUCCUGCUCCGCCAGCAGCUGAUGCGCGAGCAGCUCCAAGAGCAGGAGCGACGAGAGCAGCAGAGACGGCAGAGCUCAGCGUACGCACAGCCCUCCGUCACCCAGAGCCCCGCCAUCAACGUCAGCGUCCCCGCCGGCCUGCCCAGCGCCACCCAGGUGCCCAUGGAAGUGCUGAAGGUUCAAACGCAUCUUGAAAACCCCACGAAGUAUCACAUCCAGCAGGCUCAGAGGCAGCAGGUGAAGGCGUAUCUGUCCACCACGGUGGGAGGAAAGCUGGGCUCGCAGGCCGUGAGCUUGCCUUGCCCCAGCCAGGCCCUUGACCACGGGGGAAUGCCUCCGGGGCCGGGCAACAGCGCCCCCAACAGUCCCAUGGCCUUACUGACCCUCAACUCCAACUGCGAGAAAGAGAUGGACGAUGUCAUUGACGACAUCAUUAGUUUGGAAUCCAGUUACAAUGAUGAUAUCAUGGGACUGUCGUUGGACCCCGGACUUCAGAUGGCCAACACGAUCCCCGUGUCAGCGAACCUCUUGGACAUGUAUAGUAACCCAGGCAUGCCUCCUCCGGGAAUCUCUAUCAGUAACUCGUGCCCUGCUAACCUGUCCAACAUUAAAAGGGAAUUCUCUGUUACUCCAUCUCCAGCCAUGAUGCACAUGAUGGACAAGCCCAGCUCCUGUAGCAAGUUUGAGAGCUAUCAAAGGCCUGAAGGGUUUCCUGUGGAGGCAGAAGUUCACACUCUCGCAAAGGAAAGGCAAAAAAAGAACAACCAUAACUUAAUUGAGAGACGACGGAGAUUCAACAUUAACGAUCGAAUCAAAGAACUGGGGACUCUGAUUCCUAAAUCAAAUGAUCCGGACAUGCGCUGGAACAAGGGCACUAUUCUGAAGGCCUCUGUGGAUUACAUCAGGAAACUUCAUAGAGAGCAGCAGCGUGCCAAAGAGCUGGAGAACCGUCAGAAGAAGCUGGAACACGCCAACCGCCACCUGAUGCUCAGGAUACAGGAGCUGGAAAUCCAGGCUCGUGCUCAUGGACUGGCCGUCGUCUCGUCUACACUCUGCUCAUCAGAGCUAGCAGCCCGGCCCAUCAAACAGGAGCCGGUCCUGGGCGACUGCUCCCGGGACAUGUACCCUCACGUACACCCGUCCUGCCGCUCCAGCACCCUAGACCUAAACGACAGCACAAUCACCUUUAACGACUCUAGCAAUUCCACCGAUGCUUAUGGUCUUGUUUCAGAGGCAUAUGGCGCUAAACUCGACGACAUCCUGAUGGAUGACACAUUGUCAUCUGUAGCAACGAGCGACCCACUCCUCACCUCCAUCUCGUCCGGAGCCUCGAACGAAAGCAGCUGUAAGGACAGCGUGAACAUGGAGGAGAACGAGCAUGUUUGUUAGUGCAAGGAAUCCUUCGUUUGGCUGUUCAGGGCCGCUGGUCAUUGUCACGUUUUUCCGGUAGCACCAUUGACUGCUAAGGAAGAAGCACGGCCUGUUUUGUCAAGUGCAAAAUAAUAUUAUUUUUAUGUUUACACUCGUUUUAUUUUAUCGUAUUUUAACCUUAUUCCAGUUUCGUCUACCCAAAUUUCACUGUGUUAUAAUAAUAUCAAAAUAAUCAAGGUCAGUAUCGUAAAAAGAUUGAUUUGUGUAACUUCUCAUAGGUGUAUUAGAGUACAAUUUAAUCAACUUUGGGAUAAUAUAACAGUGCACUUGAAAGGUAAUUUCUUUGGUUGUACAGUAGCGUGUUUGCACACAGUUUAGAAGAAUAUUUCUCUUUUUUUAUAUAUCCUUGUAAACGAAUGGCUUAAGCACAAUGCUUUCCAUUUAACGUGUAGAUAUUAAGUGACAGACAGUUGAUGUUUAAAGGGAUAGUUCACCCAAAAAUGAAAA